CUAGAUCAUUCUCAUUUACAAAGUCGAGGAAUCCAAAAUGGACGCUGACAUGGUUGGCGUUCUCAUGUGAAACCUCUAAUUUGUGGAUCAUUUUGACCGUCUUUAUCAUUUAUACACAAGUUAAGCCUGUCUUUUUUGUGACCUUGCCUACGAUGUCCAUCCGACUAAUUAUUCGUACGACCAAUGUUCGAUUGGACAAAAUUGCGGUCCCGCCAUCGCCCUACUAAGUGAAGACGAAUUAACAUUCUAGACGGCUGAACUUGAACUGAAAUAAUACUAUAACUAUGCGAGUUUCUUCAAGGAGAAUUAUAUCUAAUCAUCGCUCAUUUUGAACGGUCUAAAUAUGACAUUGAUUAUAUAAUAUUUAUAUUGACGGUAAUAGCAAAAAUCGUGUAUCCCAUGCGCUCGUGUUACGAUAAUGAACCACACGCGAUAAUGAACGCGCGCGACACACAUCGUUGACGUCGUAACGGAUAGCAGCGUGUCACAAUGGCGAGCAUGACAUAGGCUCGCCGAAUUUCAUCAUGCGCCGAGUGCAUUCAAAUCGAGAAGUCAACGAGCCACGUGCAGGCCAGACUUAUUGUUAGACGUCUUCAGGCGCCCAUUUCUGGCGCGUCACACGAUACGGAUUUAGGUAACAGUGAUUUUGUGUAAACCUUGGAUUUGCGCCGCUCGUAAAGUUCCAAAGGCCGAUCGGCGGGAAUCGAUAACGGUGGCCGAACGACGACCUCUGCCAUAAAGACUCGAAAGAUGGCGGCGGCAGCGGUGCCGGCAGUGGUGGCGACGAAGAUACGGUGGUGAAGGAGGCGAUGUGGUGGUGGAAAGUAGCCAAGUAAUGAAGUCGCGACGGCAGUCGGCCGCGGUCUUUUGAACGAUUCGUGGAACUAUAUAAGUACCGUAUGAGAACAGCGCGCUCUGAAACUCGCGCCCAUCAAACGAUCCUGCACUUAGGAAUGAGGUAACCGCCGGCGAGACGGGCUUGAUUCUUAGGCAUUCGCAACACGUAGAAACUAUCAUCGGCGAACUAUUUGGCAGGUGACGCACAAAUAAUACGUCAACAACAUGCCUACAACGACUAACGCAAAUGAGAAGCCACCGACAGAGUUGGAUACCUUUCUGCCUCAAGAUGGAUCCAAUCUUAAAGAUGGCGUUCUGUCCGCCAAAUAUAUAGUACAAGUUACACCACGUGAUGUUGAAGCCGCACUGGGUGAUGAGAAAAGUUUCGAUCCCUUUGCGGAACGCAAAGUCGACAAUCCGACAACGGAUUGCGAUACGUUAACGCACUUAUUAAAAGCUUCUCUUGGCACUGGAAUACUAGCUAUGCCCAUAGCUUUUAAGAGUGCUGGACUGCUUUUAGGUAUCUUUGCCACGAUUCUCGUUGCAUUCGUAUGCACGCAUUGCGCAUAUAUUCUGGUCAAAUGUGCGCAUGUGCUGUAUUACAAAACUCGAAAAGCAGAAAUGGGAUUUGCUGAAGUUGCUGAAACAGCUUUUAGUACCGGACCUCAAUGGGCAAGAAAGUUCGCGAAACCUUCCAGAUAUCUCAUACAGAUUAGUUUAUUUACUACAUAUUACGGUACCUGCAGUGUGUACGCAGUAAUCGUGGCCGCUAAUAUCAAGCAAAUUAUCGAGCAUUAUCAAGAUGUUAAUGUUGGCGAAUACAAUAUCCGUUUGAUCACUGCUUAUUUGCUGAUUCCGCUGAUCCUUCUUAGUUGGAUACCCGACUUGAAGUAUCUCGCGCCAGUUUCGAUGGUGGCGAACAUUUUUAUGGGAACAGGACUGGGAAUAACAUUUUACUAUCUCGUUUGGGAUUUGCCGCCAUUGUCCUCAGUGCCUUUAGUAGCUACAAUCGAAAGCUUCCCGCAGUUUUUCAGCAUCACUAUCUUUGCUAUGGAAGCGAUUGGCGUAGUGAUGCCUCUGGAGAACAGCAUGAAGACGCCGCAACACUUUGUAGGAAUUUGCGGAGUUCUCAACAAAGGAAUGUCUGGUGUUACGCUUGUAUAUAUUUUUCUUGGGUUUCUCGGAUAUGCUAAAUAUCAGGAUGAGACGCUGGGUAGUAUCACUCUAAAUCUACCAACAGAAGAAAUAGCGGCACAAGUUGUGAAGAUAUUGAUUGCCUUAGCCGUCUUUUGUACUUUUGGUUUACAAUUCUACGUGUGCCUCGAUAUUGCAUGGAACGGUGUAAAACAUCGUUUUGAGAAGAAGCCGCUUUUAGCCAAUUACUUCGUAAGGACGGUGCUAGUAAUAGGUGCAGUUAUCCUUGCUGUGGCCGUACCGACAAUCGAACCAUUCAUCGGCCUAAUUGGUGCAUUUUGUUUCUCCAUUUUGGGCCUUCUUAUUCCAGUUUUCAUUGAGACCGUAACGUACUGGGAUGUCGGCUUCGGACCAGGAAACUGGGUAGCCUUAAAGAAUGUAAUUAUAUGCGUGAUAGGUCUGAUGGCAUUAAUAUUUGGAUCACGUAGUGCUAUAAUGGAUAUAGUAAAAUUAUAUAAUGCUUGAUAGACAAAACAUUUUCCGUUUUUUAUCUAGUACAAAUAUUUCUAUGAUAUACAACAAAAUUUUUUACCAAAUUUAGAUCUAUCCAUGGUAUGACUAACGGUAUUAAAUAUAUAUUAUAUAC